GGUUUACAGCUUUCAGUGUGAAUCUAGGCGGGGCAGACCCAGCAUAAGAAGCUAUUUUUCUACGCUUCAUGCAGCAACGAGGCCCUGGAAUUACACGACGCGCGUGCCUUUCCCAGGGUUGACGCAAGAAAAGAAGCGAUGUCUAGCAGCUCCCUGUAGGGGGCAGUGGCUCCUUCUCUUCUGCGGUACACCAGGCAAUGGGAGGGGAAGCCUGGCUCGGCUCCAGGGUCAAAAGGAGGGUGUCUGUAGAAGCAAGGGAGGAGAUAUAACGGAGGAGAAAGAGGGAAGGAGACUGGUUAGCCCCAGAAGAAAAAAACAAACCACAAAACAAAAACACACAGGACCCGCCGUCUGCAAUAGCAGCUGUCCCUGCACAUCUCCUCCUCCUGCUCGGCAAUCACAGGCCAAAUCCGAACAGUCAGCGAAAAGCUGCCACGAUGGGAGUGGAAGGCUGUACCAAAUGCAUCAAAUAUCUGCUUUUCGUCUUUAAUUUUGUCUUCUGGCUGGCGGGAGGAAUCAUUCUAGGAGUGGCAUUGUGGCUUCGCCAUGACUCGCAGACCACAACUCUCUUGGGAGUAACACUAGAUGACCGGGAACCUCCCAACACUUUCUAUGUUGGAAUCUACAUCUUGAUUGCUGUUGGAGCAGUGAUGAUGUUUGUGGGUUUCCUGGGAUGCUAUGGUGCCAUCCAGGAAUCACAGUGCCUUCUUGGAACAUUCUUCACAUGCCUUGUUAUCCUAUUUGCUUGUGAAGUGGCUGCUGGAAUCUGGGGAUUUGUUCACAAAGAUCAGGUUGCCAAAGAUGUCAAACAUUUCUAUGAUGAAGCAUUGGCCCAAGCACAGGGACAGGGUGACAAAGCACAGAAGGCAAAGACUGUUGUGAAAACCUUCCAUGAUACACUAGAUUGCUGUGGCACAAAUGCCUUCUCAGUUGCAGCUUCUUACCUGGCUGGUGAAAACUUGUGCUCAGACAAGAGCCUUACGCAGAUGAUUACUGGUCAAGACUGUCACUCUAGAAUUGAUGAGCUGUUCUCUGGAAAGUUGUACCUGAUUGGUAUUGCUGCCAUUGUGGUGGCUGUGAUCAUGAUUUUUGAAAUGAUCCUGAGCAUGGUACUGUGCUGUGGCAUCAGAAGCUCUGUCUAUUGAGAAGUGGAAGGACAGGGGCAAAGCAAUGGUGCCGAAGGGACCCAAAAGUGCCACUGUUUGACCAGGAGAUGCUUCCAAUGAAAGACAAAGAAAAUUAUGUAUAUAAAUAUUUCAGAUAUUACCAUACAGUACUUAUCAUUCUUACUUGGAAGUCUUUUUUUAAGUGUGUGGGGGGAGUUUUCUGUGUGUUUGUGGUGGAGUUAGUUUCACAUCAGUUUGUGUUGUUGGAAAGCUGUUACACCAGUAGUUCCAGACCUUUUAUCAAAGAUGGCCAUUCUCUUCCCCUGCCUUUUGCCACUGCUCCUCUUUUGCCAGCAAGGAACUAUACCUUUGUGUCUUUAUUCCCCCCAGUAGUGCAAGGGUGUUGUUUUCUUGGGCCCAGUAUUUUACUGUUUUAUGCAGUAAAAGGUUCAAGAUCAGAGUUUUGUGCAUUAGAGUUAGAACAAGGGAGGAUCUGUAUAGCUCUUCAGGAAGAUGGGGGAAAGAAGGUCCUCCAGGUUGCAAGAGCAGAACAAGUGAUCUGUCAGUGCUUCAAAGGCCAUUUUUUACUGCAGUCACUCAUCAUUCUGUCGGCUGCUGUAUACAAGUAGCUUGACUGAGCAAGUGGUGCCAGCAUUUUCUUUCCCACUAUUUCCUGUCUUGGUUAUAAGCUAUGCUUGGUCUAUUUCUGAGAGUUUGUGGGAGUACAGCAGUCCCUUGAUGCAAGGUGCUGUUUCAAGUCAUGCUGUUUUGUUACUAAGCAUGCAGUUUGGCAGUAUUCCUGUCCCUCAAUGAUGAGUGAAGAGACUUAUUUCAUAAACUCUGUAAAUACAUUUGUUGUGAUCAGUGCAAUCCUCAGAGCACUUUGUUGGGAGUAUGCCCUAUUGAAUACUUGUGUAGGAUUCUGAUUCAUGUGGAAGUCAUUGGACUUCAAAAUACAUAGCUCUGUUUAGGAUUGUGCUGUUAGUCACCUAGGGUUGCCUAAUAUACAUGAAGACCAAAUUGCAGUACUUAAAAUAAAAUAUCAGUUCCUAUCCAGAGAUGCCUUUUUAAAUAACUUUUGAAUUUAGUUCCUGAUCUGGAGUUGGGGUGUGUGUAUGUGUGUGUUUUUGUUCUUUUAAAUGGCUCAGAAGAAUCAGAGAAAAAAAUUAACAGGUCUGAUACUGGAAUGUUAGAGCUUUCUGUAUGCACUCCUAAAACUGAACUCCAGUGUAUGCUUACAAAAUCAGUUCUGAAAUACAAGUACUGUUUGAUGUCAUUUACUUGGUAACUAUGUAGUAUUCUAAUGAUGCCAAAAAUGUUGAGGAAAUCAGUUAAAUAGUUAUAAUGGCUGGAAAAUUAUUCAUUAAAUAUGCAUUUUUUAAGGAGA